AAGUCCCUGAGCCCAGCGAGAGCCCAGGUGAGCUGCGCGGACCCCCGAAGCUAACAAGUGCCGAGCACGGCGUCGGGACCGCUGGGGUGACAGGGAUGCUGCUGGGCUUGACUGCCAUGGAGCUGAAAGUGUGGGUGGACGGUGUCCAACGUGUCGUCUGCGGUGUCUCAGAGCACACUACCUGCCAAGAAGUGGUCAUUGCUCUUGCCCAAGCUAUAGGCCAGACUGGCCGCUUUGUCCUUGUGCAGCGUCUGCGGGAGAAGGAACGGCAGAUGCUGCCCCAGGAGUGUCCAGUGGGUGCUCAGGCCACCUGCGGCCAGUUUGCCAGCGAUGUUCAGUUUGUUCUGAGGCGGACCGGGCCCAGCCUGGCUGGGAGGCCCUCCUCUGACAGCUGCCCACCCCCCGAACGCUGCCCAGUUCGUGCCAGUCUCCCCCCGAAGCCACGGCCAGGGAUGGGCCUGGAAUCCCGGAAAGCGCUGACCUUCAGCCUGGGGCAUCCCGAGUUGGCCCCCGAUGCUGCGGCCACCACAGUGUCCACACCAGGGUGUUGCACAGAUCUACAGGGUCUGGAGAGAAGGGUCCAGAGGAACGCGGCCGAGCUGGGCCAGGAGGCCUUCUGGGAGCAGGAACUGCGUCGGGAGCAGGCCCGCGAGCGCGAGGCACAGGCCCGUCUGCAGGCGUUGAGUGCAGCCACCUCUGAGCACGCAGCCCGGCUGCAGGCCCUGGACGCCCAAGCCCGUGCCCUGGAGGUGGAGCUGCAGCUUGCUGAAGAGGCCCCGGACUCUCCCUCCUCCAACGCCUCAGCGGCUGAGCGGCUGCGCCAGGACCUGGCUGCCCAGGAGCGACAGAGCGUGGAGGUGCAGGGAAGCUUGGUCUUGCUGGGCCGGGCUCUAGAGGCCGCUGAACAUGCCCUGCAGGCGCAGGCCCAGGAGCUGGAGGAGUUGAACCGGGAGCUGCGCCAAUGUAACCUGCAGCAGUUCAUCCAGCAGGCGGGUGCAGCGCUGCCACCGCACCCCCAUCCCGAAAGGGCCCCCCCUGGUGCACAGGACUUCCUGCCCCCAGCCCGAGAGAGGCCCCCCCUGGGACCCUCCCGGAGCCCUGUCCUGGUGCCCAGCCUGAGUCCGGAGGGUAUGUUGCACUGUCUGGGUUGGGGGCUUCCUCUUGGGGCUCUCAGCUCCAUCAAUAGUGGUGUCCUCCCCACAGUGGCCCCCAUGAGACAAAACUCCUGGAGGUAGCAGUUCUUGCACGGAGCAAGCGAGCAAGCAGCAUCACCUGUCAGCCCACCUGGGGUAAUGGAGGGGAGCUGGCAGCCAGGACGGGCCCUUUCCUCACGCAGCAAGCAGGCCGACACUGGGGGUGCAAUAGGACCCCUGCCGCCCAGGGAGCUUUCCAGCCCGUGCCAAGUGCCCCACAAAAAUGUGGGCGGACCGGCCCAAGACUGCCAGGCCGUAUGGGCUGUGCUCUGCUGGAGACAAGGACAUGGGGACAGUGUGGGGCCAGUGGAGAGUGUGUGCUGUCUGAAGUGUCCCGUCACUCUGUGUGUGUGACUACACAUGCGUGCGGUGAGUGUGCAACCUCACUAGCCCCCUCCCUGCCCCCUAAUAAACGCACUGUCCACUGUG